UGAGGACAGAAAUUCUGCAGGUGAGACACGAUGGAGUUUGGAUUCAUGAUAUUUUUGCUUAGCUCUGCUCUUUUCGGGCACAGCUCUGGAUUCACAACACCUGAUGCCACACCGUACUGGGACAUAACAGCAGGUCAUUAUUCCUGCCGGUAUAACUGCGGCUACAAUUUGGGUUGGUGUUCCUGCUCCAGCUCCUGUCAGUACUACGGAAACUGCUGUCACGAUUAUUACAAUUAUUGUUUCACCCCCACAACAACACCAACAACAACACCAGAACCCACGACGACCGAAAGCUUUCUGACAGAAGAUUAUAUUAGCUGCAGGGAUCGUUGUGGUUUUAAUGGUGCGCUCUGUUCCUGCACCAGCUCCUGUCGUUACUAUGGAAACUGCUGCAAUGAUUAUUACGAUUAUUGUUUUCCCACAACAACAGGUUAUGACAUGACCACAGAAGAUAUGCUGAAAACAGGUGGAGCUCCAUGUGGUGGAACUCUGACUCAGUCACGAGGGGAAUUUUUCAGCCCCAAUUAUCCCAAUUAUUAUCCCAAUAAUGCACACUGCACAUGGAGCCUGCUGGCUGGAGAACUGCAGGUGGUUUCGUUAAACUUCCCGUUCGUCGAUUUGGAGUCAUGCUGUGACUUUAUCCGGGUGUACGACGGUCCGACUGCUCAGCAUUCACUUUUGGGUACUGUGAGUGGAGAUCAGAGAGCUACCUUCAACUCCAGCAGCAGAUACAUGACCGUCGUUUUCUCCACUGACAGCAGCGCGACUCAACAAGGUUUUCGGGCUGAAUGGGCUUUCAAAUCUGCUCCAAUGUGUAAGGACCGAUGUGGCAGCAGCAACAGCAGAUGCUCCUGUGAGAGUUCAUGUGAACGAUAUGGAAGAUGCUGUCACGAUUAUUAUGAUUAUUGUUACUAUGUGACGCCAACUCCUGUACCAGCCUGUGGGGGGAGUCUUCAGGGCUCAGGCUCCAUCUCCAGCCCUUACUACCCCAGUUAUUACCAUGACAACGCGUAUUGUGUGUGGCAGCUCUCGGCUCCGGCAGGACAGACCGUCUUCCUCUCGUUCCAGGACUUAGAUCUGGAACACUGCUGCUACUGUGAUUAUGUGAGUGUGUAUGAUGGUCCAUCCACCGCGUCCCGCUUGAUAGGAAAGCUCUGUCAGAAUAGCACAAGCCACCUGGACUUCCAGUCGUCCUCGUCCUACAUGACCGUGAUGUUCAGGAGUGACUACUCUGGGGUUGGGCGUGGCUUUAAAGCCUACUUCAGUUCCUCCCUCACCCAAAACACAGCCCGUGUGGAUUGCUCCUCUGACUCGAUGAACAUUGCCAUCCGUAAAUCCUACCUGGACUCACUGGGAUUCAGCUGGUACGACCUUUAUCUGGAUGACCAUCGCUGCAGAGCUUCAACUGACAACUACUAUGUCACCUUCAACUUCCGUCUCCAUAGCUGCAGCACCAGGAGAACGACCGAGAAUGGACGUAUUAUCUACACCAAUAAUGUGCGAGCAGCUCAGCCAACGUCGGGUGAGAUCACCCGAAAUAAUACAGAGUUCCCGUUGGCUGUGAAAUGUGUGAUGGCGCGUGAUUCUUCAGUCGGGAUUCUUUAUGAGGCCAAAGAGAUUACAAAUGCAACUAUCAGUGGAACGGGUCGGUUCAACACCACCAUGGCCUUUUACCCAUCCAGCAGCUUUUACUACCCCAUCACCGAUUCCCCGUACCGAGUGAACCUCAAUCAGCAACUGUACGUGCAGGUGCAGCUAACUCCAGCCGAACCAAGCCUCCACCUGUUCAUGGAAUCCUGUGUGGCCUCGCCAAACCAUGACUACAGCAGCCGCACCUAUGACCUUAUACGCAAUGGCUGUCAGAGAGACAACACGGUAAACAUAUACAGAAAUGGAAAUCGUUACUUCGCUCAGUUCAGCUUCAGCGCAUUCAAGUUCCUGCGCACACACAACCAGGUGUUCCUCAAGUGUGAUGUCAUUAUCUGCCCUGACAACGACUACAACUCACGAUGUCGCCAAGGAUGCCGUUAUCGCAGGAAACGAAGCACUAGCUCUGAUCACCACACUGAGGUCCUCAUCCUUGGGCCAAUCACACUCAAAGGUCCAGAGGAGGCUGAGGCCAAGACGGAGGACAAGGAGUGAACUCACACUGACUGAUUAAUUAAUCACUUAAAUAUAGUUAACACUGAAUAAUAAUCUGAAUAAGCUUCCUCUAUUAAAGCAUUAUCUAAAGGCAA